GGCUGCAAUGAAACAAAGAGUGAAAAAUGUAAAGGGGUCUGAAUACUUUCCGUACCCACUGUAUAUAUGUUCUGCUGCAACUGCUACUUUACUCUCCCUCAUCCUCUUGCCAGUGUUUUGCCUUCCAGCUAACGUUGGCUCUGCACUGGAGAGAGAGAGAUGGGUAGAUAAGAGGCAGAAUGGGGAAGAGAAAGUGAGAGACGGAGAGAGAAGAAGUAACCCAAAUACUGAGCCAGAAAAGAAUGUAAUGAGAAAUAAGAAGGAAAAGAAUGCAGCCCAGGGUUGUUUCUGUGUUCCAGCUAUAUUUCUUUGAAAUUAAAUUAAAUUACAUUCAUCCAAAAUCAUAAAUUUGCCUCAGAGGGCUUUACAAUCUGUACAUAUACGACAUCCUCUGUCCCGGGACCCUCGCAUCGGUAGAGGAAAAGCUUCCCCCAAAAAAGCCUUUUGAGCAGUCAUCGUUCACGGCCACCUCCCUCUGUUGAAAUAUUCACUGCAGCUGUUAUGUAUCUGGAAACGGGCAGGCCAUUGGGGACGCCUUAACCAAGCCUGCCUGCCUGCCUGCCUGCCUGUCUGUCUGUCUGACUGUCUGAUCCACCGUGCAUGUGUGCCAUCACGGGAUUCGAUAUUGGCAACCAUUUCUGUGAAUGGAUGUACGACUACAGCUGUGAGGAGUUUCCCUUCUUUAAAGUGAACGCUCAGGCCUACCCUUCGAAGGCCCAGCAGCUGCACUUCAUUGAAAGCUACCUGCGUGAGUCCGACCGAGGGUUUGACAACCUCAGCGAAGAGGACCAGAUGAAACUGAAGGAGGAGCUGCACGUGGAGGUCAACAGGUUCUCCCUGGCUUCCCAUUUUUUUUGGUGCUUGUGGUCAAUCAUCCAGGCCCGGCUCUCCACCAUCAAGUUUGGAUACCUGGAGUAUGCCCAGGCCAGAUUUGAUGCCUACUUCCAGCAGAAGAAGAUCUGGGCGGUCUAAUGGAGCCAAAUGAUGGGAUGGAUUGACAGCAUGUUCAGCCAAACGUGGGACAUGCAGGCUGACAAAGACUCCACUCACCAAGCUUUACUUAUGCUCCCUAUCUUGAGUGGAUUCGCUGGCCACUGUUAGUGCUGUGUUGACCAAAUGCCAAAACUUGAUCACGUGGCUAGGUGCUUAAGGUACGCCGCCCCCCCCCACUCCCCAAACUCCAUUGCAGCUCAAAGUUUACACUGUCAGACUCUCAGAGAGCCCCUCCCCCUGAAAACUAAAAUACAAAAAACACUGACUUGUACCAACCUUUAUCACUGGUCGGAGCUGCUCUCCGCUUCUGCCUUGUUGGAACCAUAUCACUAACACGUUUAGAGCAGGAGAGAGGGGGUUACAGCUAGAUUGGAAAUGUUGACAUUGAAUCAAUGUAUCUGUAUUGGUCAUUCCCUUAUGGAAAUGUUCUGUUGGAAAUAACCAAAAUGUGAACAUCUCUUGGUAGAUUGCUGCUCACAUAAGCAGCCAGUUGCUAACUAUGUAUAUUAUAUAUAGACCUCAGUGUGCCAGUAACCUGGCCCUGUCUGUUACUGACGGGCCAACUUGUUUGCUGGUGGAAUCAUGACUUGAUCGACAGGUCGGAGUGAUUUCCACACUUGUAGAUAUUACGCACUUGCUGCUUGUUCGAUUUUAUUUUUUUAUCGUUGUAUUUGACAUUUUCUUCAGGCCAGGGCAAAUACAGUUAUGUGGUAUUGUCAAGUAUGUGAAUAGUCAAAGUUCCUUUUUCUGGGCAGCUGGUUAAACUCCGCCAAAACCAAAUCGAAGACGUUAAACAUCGGGUGUCAUCAUUGAUAUUAUGUCUGGUUCUUGGUGGCUUCCCAACUAAUAACGCGAUCACGCUGACCAGCUGUGACUUUUUCUCAACCUGAUUUCAUUUUUACUCACUGAAGUUUGGUAGGUUUAUGGUAUUAAUAUGAAUAACUGUGACAAGUACAUCUCUGUGUAGUUUACACAUUGGGUAUUAACAUCUGCACUGUCUGAUUUAGCCAAAAAGACAUUCCAGCCAUGCUUCAUAAGCCUGGGAAAGUGUUGCUAAACAGCUAACUGACCCUAUUUCUGCUUUUUUACUUUUAUAUUUUGCACUGACAUACGUGCACAACAGUGGUCAAUCCCUAUGCCUACUGCUAUCAUUGUAUCCAUGACCUAGUAUAGCAUAGAUUACUCACUUAAGACGAGUUGUGACUGGACAGCUGUACAGUCACUUUGUUAAAGGGGCAUUUAGCAAAUUUAGCAUCUGCUACUGAGAGCUGAGUCCUAGCGUAAUCACCUUGUCAAUACAAGCACACACUCUGGCUCAUAUUAUGGCCAUUAUCUGCUGUAGCAUGGCAAAAUACUUACUUAAUGCACCUGUAACAAAGGAAUCGCUGUGCCCUGUGUGUGACAGGCUCGCCUCAUAGGCUCUGCUUUUAGUCUGUCUGAUAUGCAGUUGGAUUAGAAUUCAAAAUUGUUUCAAAUGAGAGAGAACUGUGACUUAUGCAUCGUGCUGUCUCUCACCCAAACACCUUGAGACUACCCCAAUUCUACCCAGACAGCAACCUACGGUUCUGCUGACUUACGCCAAUGCUGAAGGAAAAUGUAUGACAAGAAUGUUUUUUUGGUCUAAAGGCCUUUACACUGGGGGCUUGACGAACAUACAACACAACAAUACUCGCCUGCGAAUAUUUCAUCAAAAUGAUUCAUACCGGCAGCGAUGCGUAAAAAAAAUGAUGGCACUUUUUCAUCACAUAGUAUGAAAUGGCAUCAUCCUCCAAACUCUUUAAAUGCCGAGUGUCACACUUAUUAUGACCCCCAUGCAUAACGUGGAGAAAUCCAGAGCUGUAUACCUAAUUACAGUUGCUAAACCAUGAUUGGACAAUCACUGUUUGGGAUAGGGAUUCAGCAACGGUCAAUUGAAAAGCGGAAUAUUUGCUUUAGAUAGUUUUAAGUAAUACUGCAUGGAAAUACUAAAGGAGAUACUUGUUUUCCACAAAAUGUCUGAUUGACAAAUGAAAGCUGUGCGACCGCCCCAAAGGCUGUCAUGCAUAUCCAUGUUCGUUGCUGUUAGGUUGUAGCAUUGUGUAUACACCAGGGUAUAUUUCCUGUAUACCUGUGAGCACUGGGACUUCCGCGUGGAAGCAACCAAAUGACUCUUGUGAAGCGUACAGUAAGCAUUACCUCAUACUUGUGAAAAUGGCUAUACAAGUGUGUACACAGAGCUGAAGGAACUGAGCUGGAUCAUGUAACUAAACUAAACCCAACACUAGUCACCUGAUACUGGAACCAUCCAGAAGUGUUAGAAUGUCCACUGAGGCACUUUUGAUCUGAGGACCGGAAAACAAAAUAUGUACGAUAUAUUUACUUGAGUGUUUUCGUGUGUGAAACAUUUGGGGGUUGUUGAACUGUGACUGUUGUUGAAAUGUUAGUUUUAUUUUACAUGCAAGUGUAUUUUUAUUGUAUAUUUCACUGUGAUAUUUCCUUUGGAAUGGGUUUACUGUAUAGUUUUAACAUUUUAUUUUGCGAUACAGUGGGACUAGGGGUCGUGCCAGCAGAAUGUGUCGUGGAUUAUACUGGUGGUCUAUUAAAAAAGUGUUACUGCGGCAUUCCCUUUGUAGCAAUAGUCUAUAGUCUUUUUUUCAAUACCAUUCAGUGGCUCUUUCUUCUACCAAACCUAGUAUUCAUUUUUUUCUCUUUCAUGAAUGAAAUGUAUUUGUCCUGACCUUUCCUACAUGCUGUCUCUCAAUUUUUUUUGGUCCCUUUCCAUGAUUUCCAUGAUAUUAUGUUAUAUUUGUUAUAGAAAAAAAACAUGAUCUGUAACUAAAGUACAUUCCAUACUUAACCUUCAGUAUCAUGUACACUCAACCAAAAUAACUAAACAUUUUGAUCUGAUUGGUUCCAAUACAAUUGUGGAAGUUCCCAGUAGAGAACAAACAAACUACCCUCACUUCUGUUUAUACCUGUAAUUAAAUAUAUGUAAUAUUCACUGACAAAAAUAUAGAGGGACAUGCUGAAAAAUAUCCAAAUAUAAAGAAUCAUAAACUUGUACCUUUUCAUUCAUGGUCUUAAUGUAAUACAGUUUUGUUUUGUUAAAAAAAAAAAAAAACAUUCUGUUCAGUGAAAGCACCCACAACUACACUAUCAUGUGACUCACAUUGAUGACCUUUGCUAUCUAUGCAGCUAUACUGAAUGCAUAUGUACUCAUAGAAAUAUAAUGGGUGAACUGCUGCAGCAUAGAAAAUACCUUGGCUGUAAAUGUACUUUUUUGCUUUGCACAAACAAAAAGUAAAGAGAAAACAACUAA